UUAUUUUCAACUAAUCACAAAAACAUUGGAACAUUAUAUUUUAUAUUUGGAAUCUGAUCCGGAAUACUAGGACUAUCUUCUAGAAUAAUUAUUCGUAUAGAACUAGGAACACCCUCAUCAUUUAUUGGUGAUGAUCAAAUUUAUAACAUAAUUGUAACAUCUCAUGCAUUCUUAAUAAUUUUUUUUAUAGUUAUACCCAUUAUAAUUGGAGGAUUUGGAAAUUGACUAAUUCCUCUAAUACUUGGAGCCCCUGACAUAGCUUUUCCCCGAAUAAAUAAUAUAAGAUUUUGACUAUUACCCCCGUCAUUAAUCCUACUAAUUUCAAGAAGAUUAGUAGAUUCAGGAACAGGAACAGGUUGAACAGUUUACCCUCCUUUAUCAAGAAAUCUUGGACACUCAGGACCCUCUGUUGAUUAUACAAUUUUUUCUUUACAUAUAGCAGGAAUUUCAUCAAUUCUUGGAGCAAUUAAUUUUAUUUCUACAAUAAUUAAUAUACGACCAAAAGGAAUAAGAUUUGAGCAAAUACCUUUAUUCGUCUGAGCAGUAAAACUAACAGCUAUUCUUCUUUUAUUAUCUCUUCCAGUUCUAGCAGGAGCAAUUACAAUAUUAUUAACAGAUCGAAAUAUAAAUACAACUUUUUUUGAUCCUUCAGGAGGAGGAGACCCAAUCCUAUAUCAACACUUAUUUUGAUUUUUUGGACACCCAGAAGUUUAUAUUUUAAUUUUACCAGCCUUCGGGAUAAUUUCUCAUAUUAUUUCACAAAAAUCAGGAAAAAAAGAAACAUUUGGAACUCUUGGAAUAAUCUAUGCAAUAAUAACAAUUGGAUUAUUAGGAUUUGUAGUUUGAGCACAUCAUAUAUUUACUGUAGGUAUAGAUGUUGAUACACGAGCUUACUUUACCGCUGCUACAAUAAUUAUUGCAAUCCCUACUGGUAUUAAAAUUUUUAGAUGAUUAGCAACACUAUAUGGAUCUGAAAUAAAUUUUAGAUCAUCAAUACUAUGAACAUUAGGAUUUAUUUUUUUAUUCACAAUAGGAGGAUUAACAGGAAUUAUACUUUCUAAUUCUUCAAUCGAUAUUAUUCUACAUGAUACAUAUUAUGUUGUAGCACAUUUUCAUUAUGUUUUAUCUAUAGGAGCAGUAUUUGGAAUUAUAGCAGGAUUUAUUUACUGAUACCCAUUAUUUACUGGAAUAACAUUAAAUAUAAAAUGAUUAAAAAUUCAAUUUACUAUUAUAUUUUUAGGAGUAAAUAUAACCUUUUUUCCACAACAUUUUUUGGGCCUAAAUGGGAUACCCCGCCGUUACUCUGAUUACCCAGAUGCAUUUACAAUAUGAAAUAUUAUUUCAACAAUUGGAUCAAUUAUUUCUUUUAUUAGAGUAUUAUAUCUAAUUUUUAUUAUUUGAGAAAGAAUGUCAACACAACGGCAAAUUAUAUUCA